AUGGCGAACAGGGUUCCAUUUAUUCAGCAACAAAAGAGUGCUAAUUUCUCAGGAAACGAGGUAAAGGAUGCUUUGUAUGAAGAGCUAUGGAAAGCCUGUGCAGGUCCUUUGGUGGACGUUCGUAAGGUUGGGGAAAGGGUUUAUUAUUUCCCGCAAGGGCACAUGGAACAAUUGGAGGCAUCUACAAAUCAGGAGUUGAACCAAAGGAUACCGAUAUUUAAUCUCCCUACAAAGAUCCUAUGUCGUGUAUUCAACAUUCAGUUACUGGCUGAGCAAGAUACUGAUGAAGUUUAUGCACAAAUUACCCUGAUGCCAGAAGCAGAUCAAACUGAACCGAGAAGUCUGGAUAAUUGUCCUGGCGAACCUCCUAGGCCUGCCGUUUCCUCCUUCUGCAAAGUUCUCACUGCCUCAGAUACUAGCACACACGGUGGAUUUUCUGUCCUCCGAAAACAUGCAAACGAGUGUCUUCCACCCCUGGAUAUGAACCAACCGACUCCAACUCAGGAGUUGGUUGCUAAGGAUCUUCAUGGAACGGCAUGGCAUUUUAAGCAUAUAUUCAGAGCAGGUCAACCUCGGAGGCAUUUGCUCACAACUGGGUGGAGCACGUUUGUCUCCUCCAAGAGAUUAGUAGCGGGUGAUUCUUUCGUGUUUCUAAGGUACUCGGGAGAGAGUGGAGAAUUACGUGUUGGUGUCAGGCGACAUGCCCGGCAACAGAAUUCCAUGCCGUCGUCAGUAAUUUCAAGCCAGAGCAUGCACUUGGGAGUCCUUGCAACUGCAUCUCAUGCCGUUUUAACACAGACCCUCUUUGUUGUUUAUUACAAACCAAGGACUAGUCAAUUCAUCAUUGGACUGAACAAGUUUCUAGAAGCUGUAAAUCAAGAAUUUGGAGUUGGUAUGAGAUUCAAGAUGCGGUUUGAGGGGGAUGAUUCUCCAGAGCGGAGGUUUUCGGGUACAAUUGUCGGGGUGGAGGAUAUUUCUCAACACUGGAAAAAUUCGAAAUGGCGAACAUUAAAGGUUCAGUGGGAUGAGCCUGCAUCUAUUCCAAGACCCGAGAGGGUUUCCCCGUGGGAGAUUGAACCAUUUGUUGCAACUGUCCCCACAACAAUUCAGCCGCCCAUAGUGAAACAUAAGAGACUUCGGCCGAACAUUGAAAUCCCACUACCGGAUAUUAUGACGUCAUCUGCAUCACCCGCCAGGAAUCCAUCUCAUGAUCAAAUAAAUCAUGCUUUCGAAGCACCAAGGACCAACAACACUGUUAACUUACUGGCUAAACAACAAUUGGACGGGGGCUGGAAUUCCCCGCUUGCUAUAAAUGCCUUUCAAGGCACGAACGGUGAUGAAAAAGAAGAGAGUAAAAAUGUUUCGGGUUGGCAAAAAUCGGACAGUGUUGCCUCGUGCAGAUUGUUUGGGUUUGACUUGAAAAGUUCUUCAGUGACGGCCAUUUGCGAGAAUUCCCAUGUAAAACAUGUUGAUAUAAUCAAUGAUGUUAGUGAAGCAUACGUUCCGAGUAGUCUGUCCUCAGGUGAUUCGGAACAGAAAUCAGGUGUUUCAAAGGAAGUUCGAGAUCCAAAGCUAGACCAGUUGCAAGUUCCGGCAAAGGAAAUUCAGAGCAGGCAGAGUAACUCCUCAAGAAGUCGCACCAAGGUAUACGUACAAAUGCAAGGUGUUGCAGUUGGUCGGGCUGUGGAUUUGAGCACUUUAAGAGGAUAUGAUGAUCUUAUAAUUGAACUUGAGGACAUGUUUGAAAUAAAGGGGGAUCUACGUUCUCGAAAUAAAUGGGAAAUUGUUUUUACAGAUGAUGAAGGGGACAUGAUGCUCGUGGGUGAUGACCCGUGGCCGGAAUUCUGUAAUAUGGUCCGGAGGAUUUACAUAUGUUCUAGUCAAGAUGUGAAGAAGAUGAAAGGAGGCAAGCUGCCAGAAUGUGAAGACCAACUCCAUACUUGA